AUGUAUUAUGAUAAGAAGCCCUCUGUGUUCACCCGCUCCUCUGCCUACAUCCCCUGGAUCCAAAAUGUCAUCCGCAGAGACAUGUACAACAAGCACACAUCUGGCUGUGGUGGGCCAAAGGACAUGACUGGUUCAGCAGGCAUCCUGUCCUCCAUGGGUUACCCUGGCAGCUACAACAACAAAGCUCGCUGCCAGUGGAACAUCCGGGUGCCCCCUGGCAAACUGGUCCACCUCCAUUUCCACAGUUUCUCCCUGGAGGAGAGUCAGAUGUGCUUAAAUGACAAAGUCAGCCUCAGAGACAGAGCAGGAAGUUUAGGCACACACUGCAGCCAUGUUCCCCCUAAAGACCUGGUGAGUGACGGAGACACGCUUCACAUCAGCUUCUCCUCCAAUGACAAGGUGGUGGACACGGGCUUCACUGCCUCCUGGAUGGCAGUGGACCCUUCAGAGGUUCCUUGUGGAGGGAGCUUCAGCAGGAAUCAGGGUGAAAUCAUCUCUCCUAACUGGCCCAGUGAUUACCAAGCCCAGUCUGUGUGCACGUGGCGUAUCACCAUUCCCUCAGCAAAAAGUGUCCAUGUGGCCUUCACUCACUUUGAGCUGCAAGCUGAAAACGUGUUGGGAAGAUGUGUCGACUAUGUGGAGAUCUUUAAUGGAGAAAGCAUGACAUCACUAGGUAAAUUCUGCGGCUUCACCCUUCCAUCCAAGAUGACCAUCCACAGCAGCACAGUUGUCAUUCGCUUCCUUAGUAACGGAGCUGAUCAACAGAAAGGUUUCCGUGGUUACUGGACGACUGAUGCCAGUGUAAUCCCAACUUUACCUCCCCCACCUCCUAACCCAUGGGACAACAUCACUAUUGACUGGCCAGUAGAUUGUGGAAACCCAGAAGUGAAACCCAGCACAGCCACCCUGAGGGUCGUUAAUGGGGUGGAGGCCACCCCCCACUCCUGGCCCUGGCAAGUGUCAAUGCAGGCUACACCGAUGCUUCCUAUACCUUACAUGCACGGUUGUGGAGGAUCUUUGAUUCAUGAAGACUGGAUCCUGACUGCUGCUCACUGUUUCAUGGUCCCACUGAAUAGACCCUCCUACUGGCGCAUGUGUUUGGGGAAGCACCACAUGAACUCCUCCAUGGACGUUCCCUCAGUAGAGGAGUGCUAUAAAGUGGAUGCCAUCAUCCGCCAUGAGGGCUUUGUGUACGAGCAGGAUCGCACUGACAUCACCAAUGAUAUAGCCCUGGUGCAUUUGGCCAAGCCUGUGAACAUGACAAGGGAGAUCAGCCCCAUCUGUCUGCCCAAACCUGGAGCUGUGAUGCCUGCUGGGACGCCCUGCUUUGUCACAGGCUGGGGAGAUGAGAAAGGUAACCUGUUUCCCAAAGUGGCUGAGAAGUUAAACCAGGCAGCCCUCCCCGUUGUAGACUUCCAGACCUGCAGUAAGCCUGCUUACUGGUGGGACACCCUCAGACCCUCCAUGAUUUGUGCUGGCUACGAGUCCCCAGAUGAGCUCAAGUCAGCCUGCCAGGGUGACUCUGGAGGUCCUUUCGCCUGCGCGGCCGCUGGAACAAACACGACCUGGGAAGUGCACGGUAUUGUCAGCUUUGGACCGCAGGGCUGCAUCAAAGACAAGAAACCUUCAGUGUUCACCCGCGUCUCUGCCUUCAGUGAUUGGAUAGACCACAACAUCAAGAAGUUUAUAUAUGAAAAUGGUAAAACUAACUGAAGCGCCUGUCUUGAAAUAAAAAUUUUGACAGUG